AUGAAUACAACUCGAUUAAUGCUUGAUAAUGCCUAUAAUUUAUUCAUUCCAAUAUCAGACAAUUGUAUUAAAUUAAAAAACAAUCAAUGCAAUACAUUUCUUCUAUAUUUCGGUUUGCCUAAUUCUCGUAUAACAACAAUUAAUACUGAUGAUAUAUUAAUAUCAACAUCAGAAUCCAAAAUUGAAUUCGAUUCUAAUAAAUUGAUUGUUUCUGAUAUUCCUAUAUUUGCUCCAUUGAAAGCAGAUGUCAAUGGUAAUAUUAAUAAAUUGCGACGGAAAAUGAAUGAAAAUAUGAUAAAAUUUCAAACAUUAUAUUCGAUUCUUAACGAUGAAAUCGAAGCACGAACAACUAAUGCCAGAAAUUCAGCAACAGAUGCUUUACUUUGGCUAAAACGAACUUUUGAAUUUGUAUCAAGUUUUCUACAUGAAUUUAGUAUUGGUGAUAAAACUCUGGCAGAUGCUGUAGGCAAAGCUUAUGAAAAAUCAUUAAGAAAAUAUCAUGGAAUGUUAGCUAGAAGUGUUUUCUCGGCAAGUGGAAUAGUAUCUUAA